CCUUCCAUUGUGCAAAAUACCCCCCUCCCCCCAAUACCACACGGAGAGCACAACAAGGCAAGACUGCAUGGCUGACCAACCAGGCUGAAGGAGGCCCCUUACUUUAGCUAGCCACUGUACAUAGCAACAGUAUCACGGAGCUCAAGGGCCAAAGGAUCCGAUCCGACAGGAGAAGGGGAAAAGCAACCGGACCCACCUUAUCCCACGUCAGAUACCUUUACUAUGUGUCUUGCAUAGUCAAGGUACCCUACUCCGUACUUGGCCUUAGUUCGUGGCGCCGGCUCUCCUGUCCCUGCCGGCAGCCAGUAAGAACAAGGCCAAAUUUUUUCUCUUCUCAGUUUUCAGUAAACCCAGUCGAGUCGAGCUUUGGGACCGUUUUAAGACGAACGUCUCAUCACCUCACAUCCGUCACAUCACAUAACUACUCCUUCGCCUCCAGGGUUUCUUCCAUUUACACAUCAAAUCCCAGCACCAUCAAUCAAUAGCCAACAUGUAUUCCGUUCGUCGCGCAGCAUUGAGAGCUGCCAGCUCUCCCUCCUCCAUGGCUGUCGCCGCCUCGAGGCAGCAGGCGAGCUCCUUCGCUAUGCAGUUCGCCAAGGCCGCUGCCCGCCCUGUUGUUGCCAUGCCUGCCCGCUUCUUCUCCCAGACUGCCCGUGUAGCCCAGGACCAGACAGAGCAAAAUAUCGUCGACGAUGCCGUCAAGUCAACAGAGGGACUCGGCUCUACACAAGAGACGGCCGACCCUACCCUUAAGUCCACCCCUACCAUGUCGGAGUCAGCAGCACAGACCGAAGGAUACCCCGUCUUCGUCAGCAAUAUGACCUUUGAUGCCACCGACAUGCACCUGCGCGAGGCUUUCGGCAAGUACGGCGAUAUCAGCGCAAUCAAGAUCGGCCGUGACGGCCGCGGCUUGAGCAGAGGUUUUGGUUUCAUUACCUUUGCUGAGAAGUCCGCCGCCGACCGUGCUGUCGCCGAGUGCAACAAGUCCUUCUGGCACGGCCGCCGUAUCAAUGUUGAGCACCGCAAGUCCAAGGACCUCCCCGAGCGACAGCCCUCCCGCCCCGAUAAGCCCACUACCUCGCUGUACAUUGGCAACAUUCCCUACGAGACCUCAGAUGCGGACCUGAACCGCCUGUUCCGUGAGCUCGACGGCGUCACUGAUGUCCGUGUCGCCGUCGAUCGCAACACCGGCUGGCCCCGUGGUUUCGCCCACGCCGAUUUCGUCGAUCUCGAGAGUGCUAUCAAGGGCUACGAGAAGGUCGCAAACACUUCAAUGGGCGGCCGCAUGCUCAAGGUCGACUAUUCAGAGAAGCGCUCUACCAACGACUAUCGGGACCGUCAGGGAUCUCGUGGACCCCGUGAAGCCCGUGAGUUCCGUGCGCCCCGUGACUCGGCGUUCUAAGUCGGCCGAGAGUGAAAGGCGGACGUACGAUGAUUGAACCGCAUGCCGUGCCGACAGAAACAGGCGGUGGGGUGCAGCUUUUACUCCUAGAUCUUGUAUCACACACGGGAUACACGGCCUGGAGAGAAGGAUACCCGUCCCCGUGACAGAGGCGACACGCGGGAGGGGAGAGGACCAGAGCUGCUGCGCAUUUCCGACGCACAUUUUAGGGCCAGUUAUGGUAACCUGGAGGUCGACUGUAUAUGUAACAACAUAAAGACACGUGUAAAACAACAUUUUA